GAUUCUUAAAAAAAUACAUUUCAGAUUAAUAAUUGUAUGGGAAAAUCGAAAAAAAAAGUUAAAACUAAAGAUAGAUGUACCUAUACAGACUCUCCUGCAAUGAGUUCUGCAAGCAUGUCGGAAACAAUCGCGUAUCAAGAGGAAGUCAUAAAGGCAAAUAAGGACGUCCUGGAACAACUCUAUGCAGAAAUCGCUGAAUUGGAAGGGCGGAAAAUUGAAUUUAAUGAUAAAACUCUUAAGCAACAAGAUAGUGAUUCGAGUCGAAAUACAUUAUCUGAAAUUAAUGAGAUCGCGCAGUUAGAAAAUGAAAUAUCUAAAAGAAAUAGACACAUAAGGAAAUUACUCGCCGACGUUAAAGUUUUGGAAGAAGAAAAUACUUCAUUAAAAAAUAAAUUACCAGUUUUAAAGGAAAAGUUAAAAGAAGCUACACAUCUUAUCAAAAAUCUAACCCAACAGUUAUUUAGUCUAAGCAAUAACGUUACAAGUCUUAAAGAACAUCUUGGUAAAACUGAAGAAGAAAAGGCCAACUUAUUUAUAGAAGUGGAAAACUUAAAAAAGGAUGUAAAUGAUAAAUAUUUAAAAUAUGAAAAAGUGGAGGUGGAUGCUAAAAGUAAAGUAGAACAAUUAAAGAAUUUACUGAAGUCGCAAACAGAAGAAAUCGCGCGUCUGUCAAGUGAAAAUUCGCAAUUGAAAGAAAAUCUAACAUUAACAUAUAAAGAUAUAACGUCUCCAAAAAAAACUCCCCAUGAAGAAAUCAAAAUAACAGAAUUACAAGAAAAAUUAGCAGAAGCUUCAGAUCAAAUAAUAAAGUCUGCAGACAUAAUACAAGCAUUAUCGAAGGAAAAUAAGCAAUUGAAACGUAUAAUUGAUGAUAUAGCUGAUAAUUCUCUAUCUGACCACAAAAAUGAAAGCGAUGAUGGAAAAGAAAAGAACAUGAUUAUUAAGCUUAAGAAAAAAGUCAAAAAUUUGAAUGACGCUCUUAAAUAUUCUGAAGAUAUGAUAAAUGUAAGAGAAAGAGAGCUAACCGAAAUUGCUAAGCAAUUACAAUUAUUAAAAUCAAAUGAAGGUAUAAAUACGUUAACAGAAGUAAUUAAGAAAAAAAAGAAAGAUUUAAAAAUUAAAGAUGAAGGUAUACAAAGUCUUGUGCGUGAAGUAAACAAUUUAAAUCAACUUGUUAGUGAUCUUCAGCUAGAAAAUGAAACAAUGAGAGACAAACUGCAAAUACCACUAAAUGAACAGAUCGAAACCCACGGGAUUCUAAAAAAGUUUAAUGACAUAGAAAAUAAUAAUAUAGAACUCAGGAAAAACAUAAAACAAUAUGAAAAUAAGCUUAUUUCACUUGAGAUAGAUAACCACGAAAAAAAUACCAUAAUUUCAAAUUUAAAAACAAUGAUGAAUAUGGCAGAAUUUGAUAAAAAAAUAAAUAAAAAUAUUGAAGUUACUGAUAAUGAUGGAACGGGAAAUCCAGAAAAUAUUAAAAUAAAUGAAAAUAGAUCAAAGACAUCAGAUAUGCAAGCGAUUAUUGAAGAAAAUGAAGGACUUAGAAACGGGCUUACUGAAAUUCUAAAUUUGUUAAAAGAUAAUAAUAGUACCAGCGCGGGUGUCUUAGCGAUGGAAUGUCCAAGUUUAGAAGCUAUUUUAAACUCAUUGUUGGCACGGAAAUCUGCAGGCUGGUUUUCACCACAUAUGAAAACAGUACUGGAAUUAAAAGCAGCACUUGGUAGCAAAGAUGCCUUAUUGUGUGCUCUACAUGAAUCAAGAAAAGAAACUUUUAACAUAAUGACAAAAUUGAACACGGAAGAACAAAAGUCAUCGGAAUUAGAAAAAACUUUACAAGAAAUUAAGAACAAUUUAAAGGAAGACAACGAAGACAAUGUAUCAAGUACAACUGACGUCAGUAUUGGAGAAUUUGGAUCUUGGAUGAUAAAGACUAAUUUCGACAAUAUCGACUUAAAGAAUGAAAAUGAAGUCCGAAAUAUAGUUUCUAAGGGAAACAUGUGGUUUGAAAAUCAAUUUAAACAAGUGAUUCAAUAUUUUCAUAAUAAAUUUGCAACACUUUUUGAUAAGCUUACUGCUUUAACGAUAAGUACAGCUGAUGAUCGUAAUAAAUGGAGUUUUCAAGAAGAACAAUAUAAAGCAGAAAUAGAAAAUUUAAAAUCCCAAAUAGAUGAAAACGAUGACAAUAGCAGCACCCAUUCUCCUGGAUUAAUAUGUAUGACACAAUCAAACAUCGUAGACAGGAAGUAUACAUUUUUAGAGGAGUCAUAUAAACAAAUAAGAACACUGAAUGAAAAUAUAAAAAAUGAAUUCUUAGAAAGCAAAAAGGAAAAAUUGAAUGAAGCUUAUGAAUACGAGAAAAAGAUUCAAAAUUUAAUACAAUCUGUUAUAAAUUUAAGUGAUAAGUUACGCAAUUCCGUACCAUUGAAAUUAUUUUUGAAACAAAAUAAUAUAUUAAACGAAUUAACCCUAACACAUAGACAUGCUAGGGAAAUAAAUAUAAAUAAAUACAUUAUAUCGGAGGAUUUACUUAAACGCUUAGAAAAAGACAAAGAUGAAAUAUUAGAAAAUACUCUCAAAGCAGUUAAAUAUACCACAAAAAAUAAAGGAAGUAAAAGCUUAGAAGAAAUUAUAUCAAAUAUAGAUCACUCUGUCCAUCAAAAACAGCUGCAACAAACUUGCAAUGAAUUGCAAAACAAAAAUAAUGAGAUAGAAAAAUUAGAGAAGACAAUAUUGGACUUACAAAAUUCCCAAUCAGAAAUAAUAAAUAAAACAUUACGUUCAGAACCACGUGAAUACGUAAAUUUUCUUAAGGAACAAAUGCAAACAUUGAGUGAACAAAACAAAGUACUUAAAGAACAAUAUCAGCAUAUUGGAAAUAAACUAGAUAAUGUACUGUUAGAGCUUCAUGCAUACAAAAAUAAAGAAGUAAGCAAUGAUAAAGAAAUAAAUAUAUUAAGGCAUCAAAUUCUAGAUCUACAAUCUGAUGGAGACGUUAAAGCUUCAAUGGCAAGAAUAAGCGGUGAAGUUUUAUUAGCACAAAUGCAAAGUUUAGAAAAUCAAAACAAAAUUGAAUCUCUUAAGCUAUCUUUAAAUCGAGAGAAAGAAAUAAGAGCUGAAAUCGAAGACAUUUUAUUGAACCGUCAAAAGGUGUUCGAUAUAUAUACCCUUCGAUACGAAACAAAUUUAAGGAAUAUGAAUGAAGUAAUUGAUAUAUUAAGACAACAAUAUCAAGGGAGCUUACCACUUAUUUCUGUUGAAAACUUUAUUAAUAAAAUAUCAGACGUUCAACGCAAAUCCGAUGACAUUGAUCAUAAACUUAACGAAAUAGAAGAUUUACAAUCGUCUUUAAUAACAAAACAUAGUGUUUAUAAUCAAAUUUUAGAUUUGUCUGCAUCAAAAUGUUCGGAUAAUGAAGACACUUGUCCACAUAAAAUAAAAAACUUUAUUACAGCAGAAACUCAAAAACUUGAAAUGGAACAUCACAAAAGAAAAAUUAUAUCAUUUGAACAAACACAUAAAGAACUAUUAAAGCGAUGUGGUCUUCUAGAAAGAACAUUGAUCAUUCUUAAUCAAGGAUUUAAAGUAAAUGAUCUUUCAUAUCAAAAUGGAUAUCAUAAAAAACAAAAGGAGCAUAUGGGCUUAGAAGUAGAAGAUAUUCAAUCGGACGAUGACUCGAGUAGUAGAAGAAGUCGUACCCAAACUUUGUCUCACCCUAAAAUGGAUGUUAAGCUUUUUAACGAAAGUAAAAGUAACACAAAAGAAACAAUUCAUAAAAUAUGUACGCAAAACUUAACGCAGACCAAUGCAAAAAUAAGCCAACAAACACAAACUUAUUUCAAUGAGACGAAAUUAGAUGUGAAGUCAAUACAAACGGAAGUUGAUCAAAGCCAAAUUGCAUUAAAUACACUUGUGGACAAUCUUUUGUCAGAGAAAAGGCAAAAUGAUAUGCUUAUUGAAGAAACUAAUGCAUUAGCUAAACAACGAUUACAGGAAACAUCGCGUAUAAAUAACGAAAAACAUGAAAUAAGUACAAUGCUUAGAAAUGUAACGGAUUUAUGUCAACAAAAAGACGAAUCAAUUAAAAAGUUGGAACUGAUCCACGAAUCUUUAAAACAAGAAAUAAAUUACCUACAAUCGAAUCAAGUUAAGGAAAUAAACAAAUUAAAUGAAACAGUAAGUGAAGAAAAAAAGGCUCUUUUAAUAGAAAUUAAGAAAAUAGAAAAUGACAAAAACGACAUAAUAGAUGAAUACAUACAGCUAUUGAACAAGGAAAGAGAGGACUACACAAACUCUUUGAAAAGCUUACAAAAUAAACUAAAAGAUUUACAAAUAAAAUUUGAUAAGAGAAACACUGAAGCAAUCACAUCCCACGAUGAUGUUAAUAAAGAGUCAAGCAUUAAAUCGACGUUAAAAAUUUGCAAUUUAGAAGAAAAAUGUUUUAAUCUACAAAGUGAAUUAGAUGGAUACAAAACAGAUUUUGAAAAUCAGCAAGGCGAAUUAGAACGGUGGAAGAGCUUGGCAUCUGAAAGACUUACUAAAAUGGAACAACUUAGUACACAAUUAAAGGAAAGACAUACCCAUGAAGUAGAAUCGUAUAAAGCAGAAAAUCAACAUUGGCUAACACAAUUAAAGGAGACGCAACGCGAACACAUAGAAUUACGAGGCCGUUUAACUGAACAAAGGACUUUGCAUCUAAAGCAGGUGGCCGAGAAAGACAACCACAUUGAACAGCUCCGUUCAGUUAUAAACACUCUCAAGACACAAAUUUUAAAUAUGCAAACAAUGCUCACCAUAAAUGAUCCCAGCUUCGAUCUCUCUGCUAUCGUAGAGGUUGAUGAAGUUAGCGAUGGAGUAUCACAACAAGGAUCGGAUGGAAUAGAAUUAAAGUUUGAUUCAAUGGUCGACUUUAACGAAGCACAAGAAGAUUUUGCAAAGUUGCCUUAUAGCUCUACUGCUAUAUGGCAAGAACCAUUAAUAGAGCGUUUGCGAAGAGAGAAGCAGUUAAUGGGUAAACAGAACGCAAUAUUACGAAGACAGGUCAAAGUUCUAGCAGCAAGAGAACGGAGGUCACGAUUGGAUGCACAGAAUCUAAAAAAUCAAGUAUUCCGCAUCAGCACCACCGGUAACAAAGUCCCAUCAGCAGAAUCAGCAGCAUUGCAAAGUAAGAUCGCGUCAUUGCAGACUCAACUCACGAGCGCGCGUCGCGACGUAAAUUCUAACGUCGCGCUCUGGGAUAAGUGGAAAAGAGCGCAACAGUCGUCAGAGCGAUGGCAGGCACGAUAUGAAGAAAAAUGUCUAGAAGUUAAGAAGCUAGAAACGAGUCUAAAUAUGAAUAAAUCAGCCGUGAGCAGAUUAGAAAAGGAAAAGCGUAUUAUUCUGUCAAGACUUGGAGAAGAAAGACAGGAAAAACAUUUAGCAAUAGAAAAACAAGAUACGGAAGGGUCAGAGAAAACCUCGUCUAGGAGCGAACAAUGCCAAGGACCUCCAACGUUAUCUACCCGUGCAUUGCUUGGCAGGAUAGAGGCACAGCAACGGAGGAUCGCUGCGCUCGAACUCGCUGAAAAGGGCAAUGAAACUUUAAUCUCAGAAUACGAAAAGUCUAUGGCAGAAAUAACAUCCCUCAAAGGACAAGUAUUGAAACUCGAAUCAACACUUCUUGAGGCUGAAAUUCGUUCACCGUUUAAAUCUACGUCGGAUAACCAACCAGAGUUACAUUACUGGAGGAAUUACUGCGAUAUGUUAAAAGAAGAAAAUAUGCAAUUGACCUUGAGAGUGAACUCUAUGGAUAAUACACCUACUUCCGCUCAUCAGAAUCGCAUCAAUGACUUGGAACAGACUGUCCUUACACUAAGAGGACUUGUAAGUAAAUUACAAGCAGACCAAAGGUCUUCAUCUACGAGUACUCAAAAACGAGUUGACUCUAGACCUGGUAGCAGUCGAAGCGGGACUGAUAAGGUUCGAAGUCAUAUAGAAACAUAUCGUAUCGAAAUAUCAAAUCUCAAACGAAGCAUCUUAGAAAAAGACACACUUUUAGAGAAAUCAAAAGACAUGCUAAAGGUUGCCGCUGAAAGAGAAGAUAAAUUAUUGAGAGAGAACAUGUUUCUUCGCCGUCGUUUAGAUCAACUAACGGAAGGUAAAGGAGGUUUCAUGUCGGCGUAAAACUACUUCUAGAUAAGUAUAAAUAAAACAUUAAUCUAAAUAUUUAAAAAUGUAUUCGUUUAAAAUAAGCCAAUUUCAUCAUAAAUAAACCUUACCA